CCAUGGAAAUGAGGAGCCAGCUGAAAGGGAAAGUUUGAAAACAAGUAAUGAUGCUUAAUUAUCUCCUAUAAAUUACCAUUUUUUUCCAGCCUUUCCAAUUUCCAUAAUCCAGGGUCAAACUCCUCCUACAGUUGUAAUCUUUAGGCCACUCCUUCUGCUCACUAUAAAUACCUCUAUCCAAUAUCAAGAAAGAGACGAAGAGCUCAAAAAAUCCAUUAUAGAGUGAAGAAGCUUUUUUAUCUAUCAAAAAAGGAAGAUGUCGAGCACUGCUGGCCAGGUCAUUCGUUGCAGAGCUGCGGUUGCAUGGGAAGCAGGGAAGCCAUUAGUGAUCGAAGAAGUGGAGGUGGCCCCACCUCAGGCAUCAGAGGUUCGUCUGAAGAUCCUCUACACUGCUCUCUGCCACACCGAUGUCUACUUCUGGGAGGCCAAGGGACAGAAUCCUCUAUUUCCUCGUAUUUUGGGCCAUGAAGCAGGAGGGAUUGUUGAAAGUGUUGGAGAGGGUGUUACAGAUCUGAAACCGGGGGACCAUGUCCUUCCAGUGUUCACUGGGGAAUGCGGGGAGUGUGCUCAUUGCAAAUCCGAGGAGAGCAAUAUGUGUGAUCUCCUGAGGAUAAACACAGAUAGGGGUGUGAUGAUUACUGAUGGCAAGUCUAGGUUCUCAAUUAACGGCAAGCCCAUCUAUCACUUUGUUGGCACUUCUACUUUCAGUGAGUACACAGUGUGCCAUGUUGGCUGUGUCGCCAAGAUCAAUCCCUCAGCACCUCUUGACAAAGUUUGUGUUCUCAGCUGUGGAAUCUCCACAGGUCUUGGUGCCACCUUGAAUGUUGCAAAGCCUAAAAAAGGUUCAACAGUGGCUGUCUUUGGGUUGGGAGCUGUAGGCCUUUCUGCUGCUGAAGGGGCCAGGCUUGCUGGAGCUUCCAGGAUUAUCGGUGUUGAUUUGAACCCUAACAGAUUCGAUGAAGCUAAGAAGUUUGGAGUUACUGAGUUUGUGAACCCGAAAGACCAUAACAAACCAGUUCAAGAGGUGAUUGUCGAGAUGACGAAUGGAGGAGUUGAUCGAAGUGUUGAAUGUACUGGAAAUGUUGAUGCCAUGAUCUCUGCAUUCGAAUGUGUUCAUGAUGGUUGGGGUGUUGCUGUACUUGUGGGUGUUCCACACAAAGAAGCUGUGUUCAAGACCCACCCAUUGAACUUCUUGAAUGAAAGGACUCUCAAGGGAACCUUUUAUGGGAACUACAAACCACUCUCUGAUAUUCCAUCUCUUGUGGAGAAGUACAUGAACAAGGAACUUCAGCUGGAGAAGUUCCUCACCCAUGAUGUCCCAUUCUCAGAGAUCAAUAAGUCUUUUGAGUAUAUGCUUAAGGGAGAAGGCAUCAGGUGCAUCAUCCGCAUGGAACAGUAGAAUGAAUGGGAAACUAUUUUCAAUAAAACUAGUUCAGAGUUUUUUUUUUUUUUUUGAUACCCAGGGUGUUCGGAUCUUUUGACCCGACUAAUCUCUGGGGUGACUAUGAUACCACUUACAAUGAACUAGUUCAAAGUUCUGUAUGCAGUGAAUAAAAAUAAAAGAGAGAUGAGUUUGUUGGGUGGUUA